AAAGUACCUCAAUCUUUCCCAGCCUCCAGGGGUUUAAUUCUGAUCUGUAAUAAGUCUCUGACCCACAGCUCAGAUUUGCAGAAGGAUUUUGCAAAGCUGUGGUUAAUGAUUAGAAAUCCUUUAUCACCUCAGCCCGUGGUCCUUUGCACUUCGCUCCCCUCCCUCAGGAUCCCUUUCUCCCUCUCCAGGGGCAUCGCCCCCUCCAAGGCUCUGCAAAGAACUGCCCUGUAAGUAUCUCCAUCCUGAUAUAGUUGCUGCCUUUUAAAUUCACUAAGGUCUUCUACAUGCCUUCUUGAGCCUGCUUGUGGCCACCCACAGACACUUGUAAGGAGGAGAGAAGUCGACCUGGCAGAGAGACUCUGAAAUGAGGGAUUAGAGGCAUCCAGGAGCAAGAGCUUCAGUCUGAAGACAAGGGAGCAGUCCCUGAAGACGGUUCUACUGUGAGGUCAGCCAUGGCCUCUCUUGGCCUCCAACUUGUGGGCUACAUCCUAGGCCUUCUGGGGCUUUUGGGCACACUUGUUGCCAUGCUGCUCCCCAGCUGGAGAACAAGUUCUUAUGUCGGUGCCAGCAUUGUGACAGCAGUCGGCUUUUCCAAGGGCCUCUGGAUGGAGUGUGCCACACACAGCACAGGCAUCACCCAGUGUGACAUCUAUAGCACACUUCUGGGCUUGCCCGCCGACAUCCAGGCUGCCCAGGCCAUGAUGGUGACAUCCAGUGCAAUCUCCUCCGUGGCCUGCAUUAUCUCUGUGGUGGGCAUGAGAUGCACAGUCUUCUGCCAGGAAUCCCAAGCCAAAGACAGAGUGGCAGUAGCAGGUGGAGUCUUUUUCAUCCUUGGAGGCCUCCUGGGCUUCAUUCCUGUUGCUUGGAAUCUUCAUGGGAUCCUGCGGGACUUCUACUCACCACUGGUGCCUGACAGCAUGAAAUUUGAGAUUGGAGAGGCUCUUUACUUGGGCAUUAUUUCUUCCCUGUUCUCCCUGAUAGCUGGAGUCAUCCUCUGCUUUUCCUGCUUAUCCCAGAGAAAUCGCUCCAACUACUACGAUGCCUACCAAGCCCAACCUCUUGCCACGAGGAGUUCUCCAAGACCUGGUCAACAACCUCCCAAAGUCAAGAGUGAGUUCAAUUCCUACAGCCUGACAGGGUAUGUGUGAAGAACCAGGGGCCAGAGAUGAGGGGUGGCUGGGUCUGUGAAAAACAGUGGACAGCACCCUGAGAACCACAGGUGAGGGACAUUACCACUGGAUCAUCAGAAGGUGCUGCUGAGGACAAACUGACUUUGGGCAUUGGAUUGAGCAAAGGCAGAAAUGGGGGCUAGUGUAACAGCAUGCAGGAUGAAUUGCCAAAAAUGCUCGCCAUGCCAACCUUUCUGUUUUCCUCACCUUGCUGCCCCCCUUUCCUGAGUCCCCAACCCUCAACUUGAAACCCCAUUCCCCUACUUUGAGCCAGGCCCCAGAUGAUCCCUUUGCCCUUUGGUUUACCUGGGACUCCAUCCCCACACACACUAAUCACAUCUCACAGACUGACCCUCUACGAUCAAAGACCCUCUCUCUGGCUGAGUUGGCUCUUAGGUCAUUGCUGGGGACGGGAAGGAGAGGCAGUGGCUUUUGUGGACAUUGCUCUAACCUACUUAUCAAGCCUCCCUCCAAAGAAACAGACUGGUCCUGAAACCUCCAUCCCACUCUUGUUAUGACUCCACAGUGUCCAGACUAAUUGUGCAUGAACUGAAAUAAGGCCAUCCCACGGUAUCCAGGGAACAGAAAGCAGGAUAUAGGAUGGGAGGAUGGGAAGGCAGCC